AUGGCGCCAUCUUUCAUGACUGUUUAUUUCGAUGACCAGAAUCCCAACUCAGAAAAGGGCAAGGAAGCUGGUGCUCGUCGGUCCCUAGCUGGACUCGACUAUUCGCCCUUGCCUCGUAUAACCGGAAGAUCCUUUCUUCUCGCGACCUUUGUCUCUAUGGGUGGUCUCCUCUUUGGCUAUGAUACCGGCCAAAUCUCCGGCUUCCUCGAGAUGCCAGACUUUCUCGACCGCUUUGCUCAAACCAACAGCGAUGGAACCAAGGCAUUCAGCACCGUACGCUCAGGUCUGAUCGUCGCUCUUCUUUCCAUCGGUACUCUCAUCGGCGCUCUCGUCGCUGCACCUGUAUCCGAUCGCAUCGGUCGCAAGUACAGUAUUUCUGGCUGGACCUGGAUCAUCGCUAUUGGCUUUAUCAUCCAGAUCUCGUCCAACCGAGACUGGGUGCAGAUUAUGAUGGGUAGAUGGGUCGCCGGAUUGGGAGUUGGCGCUUUGUCGCUUUUGGUGCCCAUGUUCCAGGCCGAGACUGCUCCUCCAUGGAUUCGAGGUGCCAUGGUUUGUUGUUACCAGUUGUUCAUCACAAUGGGUAUCUUCCUAGCUGCAUGCUUCAACUACGGCACAGUCACCCACCAGCGCAACAACUCAGCAAGCUGGCGCAUUGUCAUCGGCCUCGGCUGGGUCUUCACCCUCAUUCUGGGCAUCGGAAUUCUCUUCCUUCCCGACACUCCUCGAUUCGACUACCGCAAGGGCAAAGUCGACCGCGCUCGCGCCACCCUCUGCAAAGUCUACGGCGCCACACCUAACCACUGGGCAAUCCACACGCAGAUGGAAGAGAUCGAAUCCAAGCUUCGUGCAGAGAGCCAGAUCAAGGGAAACCCUGUCAAGGAGUUUGUACAAAUGUUCAAGGCGCCGCGCAUGGCGUACCGCAUCUUCCUCGGCAUGGCGCUCCAGAUGUUCCAACAGCUUACGGGUGCCAAUUACUUCUUCUACUACGGUACUACCAUCUUUGCCUCUGUCUCCAUUGACAGCUACAAGACACAGAUUAUUCUCAACACCAUCAAUUUCUUGGUCACGUUUAUCGGUUUGUACAUUGUCGAGCACUUCGGUCGUCGCAAGUCUCUUAUUGCAGGAAGUACCUGGAUGUUUAUUUGUUUCCUCAUUUUUGCCUCUGUUGGCCAUUUCUCGCUCGAUCGCGAAAACCCUUCCACAACCCAGGGCGCAGGCGUUGCCAUGAUCGUCUUUGCCUGUCUCUUCAUUCUCGGAUUCGCGACGACCUGGGGACCUAUGAUCUGGACCAUCAUGGCUGAGAUCUUCCCUUCGCGCUACCGAGCAAAGGGCAUGGCUCUUGCUACUGCCAGCAACUGGCUCUGGAAUUUCCUGCUAGCAUUCUUCACACCAUUCAUCACAAAAGACAUUGACUUCCGCUAUGGAUACGUCUUUGCUGGAUGUAACCUUCUCGGUGGACUCAUCGUCUACUUCUUCGUUAUCGAGGGCCAAGGUCGCACACUUGAAGAGAUUGAUACUAUGUAUCUUGAAAAGGUGAACCCCAUCAAGAGUUCCAAGUGGGUGCCGCCUCCUCCCGAGGAGAUGUCGAGGAUUCGAAAGCAGGCUGGCACGGAUAUCGAGACUGCUGUUCACGGUGGUUCGAGUGAUGAUGAGACUCUGGCACGUCCUUCGGGUGUGACUGAUGGCGACCACGGGCACAGGAAGGAGGAGAACGCUGGAGCUACUCACCGCGAGUAG